AUGGAAUAUCAAAAAUAUUUCAAAUAUUUAUGUUUAUUUGUUUUAUGUGCAUAUUUAUUUUAUUUAUUAGUUACCAAUGAUUAUAUUGAUACAUUAAAGCCAUUAAAAAUACCUUUAAUAACUUCAUUUAACAUUGUUAAUUCAUCUACAAAAAAUUUCCUAAAAAUAGAUCAAGAAAAUGAUUCAAUAUUUAAAUUAUCAUCUAUAACAAAUCAAUUUGAAACUCGUUUUUAUGAUUAUUAUCCUCAUUUACCUAUUCAUAUUUUUACUCAAAAUUUAUCACUCAUAGGCAAUACAAGCAAACUUAUUUUAUUAGAAAAUGGAUUGUAUGGUGAUCCAAAUUGGCGUAUAAAUGCAUUAAAUCAAUCAUCAACAGCAAAAAUGACUGAACUCUAUUGUCCAUUUUUAUCUAAUCAUUGUGAUAUAACAACUGAUUAUAAUCGUUUUUCGGAAGCAGAUGCUAUUGUUUUUCAUUUGCGUGAUGAUUUCGAUCAAAAUCGAGCUAAAAAAAACCGUCAUCCCAAACAACGUUUUGUAUCUGCUUUAUGGGAAGCACCACCUCAUACACCUAAUUUACAAGCUUAUGAUCAAUUUUUUAAUUGGACAAUGACUUAUCGAUUUGAUUCUCAUAUAAUAACACCAUAUUAUUCUGAAAAUGCAUAUAUUCAUAAAUCAAGUCCUUUUUAUCAAUUAAUGUUAAAUGAAAAUUCUACGCGUAAACUUAAUUGGAAAAUAAGAAAAGUUGAUUAUCGACCAUCUGAUGAAAUAUUACAAAAGAAAAAAUUAGGUACAGUGGCUGCUUUAAUAUCAAAUUGUCAUGUUCCUAGUCAACGAUUACCAUUUAUACAAGAAUUAAAACGUUAUAUUGAUGUCAAAGUUUAUGGACGAUGCGGAGAAUUAUGUCCAUCAAAUAAGAAUUGUCGAGAAUUUAUAGCUGAAAAUUAUUAUUUUCUUCUUAGCUAUGAAAAUAGUUUUUGUUUAGAUUAUACAACUGAGAAAUUUUUUGCUACACUUGAAUAUCCAAUUGUACCAGUUGUAUUCGGACAAACAAAUUAUUCCUAUUUUAUUCCAUCAUCUGGAUAUAUUGAUGCAACUCAAUUUUCUACUAUGAGUUCCUUUGCACGAUAUCUCAAUGAAACUCGUUAUGAUAAAGAAAAAUAUUUAUCAUAUUUUUCAUGGAAAAAAGAUUAUGUUUGGGGUUUAGGUCAUUUUUCUACUCCAUUUUGUGAUCUUUGUUUACGUCUUCAUCUUGAUUCAAAACCGAAUAUUAUUGAUAAUAUACAUAAAUGGUGGUUUGAUGGUAGUUGUGGAAAAGUACAUAUGCCAUCUUAA